GUAGAGUUAUUAUUUUUCAUAACAUAUUCAAACGUUUUGUUGUGUAUAUACAUAUAUAUAUAUAAUAUUUAAAUAAUUUAGUCAAAUUAUAUAAUGGAAGUUAUAAAAAUGUAUAUUAAUGAUUGGAUAGAAUCUAAUGCACCUACAUAAACUACUAUUUGCUCUAGUUUGUGUCAUAUGAUUCUUAUAAAGGAAGUUUAUCUGUACUCAAGUUACAAAUCUAUUGAUAAGGGUCAAAGUAAAUAUUUCCUUUGAUAAUAGCGCUUACUAAACAGGAUGGCAUAUAUUGUGUAGUUAAAUAAAUAUUAAAAUUGGCCUAAGACGACAAAUACUUUUUACACAUAAUGCGUAUAUUACGAAGCGUAUGAAUCAUCGAAUUUGCAUUAUUAUAUUUCUAAAGAUGCAUGGGACUGUCGAACUAAUUUUAAAUAGUGCUUUAUUGUGGAUAUUACUGGAAGCAACGUGGACCGUGUUAGUGAGCAUUUUAUACAGUUUCCGUAUACCUUGGAUUUUUUGGGGUUCUUUGAUCAUAUUGAUUGGAUUGAAACUAGUCCGAGUUCCACCUCCACGUGCAAGUAUUGUGAAUGAAGUACUCGGUGUGAAUCCCUUUUUCAUAGGAAAGGAAAUACAUACGACUGACAACCAGGGUGAUGGAGAACGAUAUUGCAUGUCUGUUGUAGCUCAUCGUGGUGGAGGAUAUGAUUACCCUGAGAACAGCUUGUCGGCUUUUCAAAAUAGUAAAGAUAAAGGAUGUACUGCAGUUGAACUCGAUUUAACUCUCACAAAAGAUAACAUUCCAAUAGUAUUUCACGAUGCCAAUAUCGAAAGACUUACGGGUCAAAAGGGUGUAGUUAGUGAAAUGACCUGGGAUCAAUUGAAGGAAUUAGAUAUCACAUAUAAUCAUCCACUUAGGAAUAAAUUUUCUGAGGGAGAAAAAAUUGCAUUAUUCAAAGAUGCAUUACAAACAUGUUUGAAGAAUGAUUUGAGAGUGAUUAUUGAUAUUAAGGAAACGAGAUUAGAUAUAAUACAAGUGAUAUUAGACGCUUACAAAGAAAAUCCAAAUUUAUUUAAAAAAGCAGUUGUUUCAAGUUUUAAUCCUGUGAUUGUAUAUUUGAUUAGAAGAAAAGAACCACGCAUUGUAUCGAGUUUAGCUUGGAGACCACAUUACUUCUCGAGAGAAUCUUAUUUAGGAAUAAAUGGAUCAGGACCAUCGCGUUUCGUUAAUCCAUUUAAACAUUUGGCAGCUUGUAUAAUGGACGCUCUAUACGAAUGGGCAUUACCAAGUUUUAUUUAUUAUAUUGUAGGAAUAUCUAUUAUUCUUUUACACAAGGAUAUAAUUAAUCUGCGUGUAAUCGAAAAAUGGCAUAAUCGAGGAAUUCGUGUGAUGGCAUGGACCGUCAAUUUGCCAUCAGAGAAAUUACACUUUUAUAGGCUCCUUAAAAUAACGUAUUUGACGGAUACGUUGUUAACAGAAAAAGUAUAAUAAUACUUUAAUAUUUAUUCAGUAUUUAACAAAAUGUAUGUAGUACCGAUAUUGUAUUCUUACAAUUUGACAAUUUUAGCACAGAGUGCAUAAUAUUUGAUACUCUAGUCUGUUCAUCGUAUAUCGAUGAAAAUGAUUUUGUACAUCAUUUUUUAACUUAUCGCUACAUUUUUAACUUAAAGGAGGACAUUUCGUUUUAUAUGCAAGACUGGGAAAUAUGCUCAGUAUUAUUUUAAUCUUUUUUUGUUUUGUUUUUUGUAAAUUAUAAUAAUUAAAUCUUUACAAUUUUUAUAUUACAUAAAGUAAAUUCAAAUAUUGUAUAAAAUAUUUUUUUUUUCGUUCGAUUAUUGCAGAUAAUAUACAAAAAUCUAAUCAUA